AUGAUGGCGCUUGAAAAGCACUACGAGUAUGUUCUCACGCAGCGCCUGGUUGACCUUCGCAAGUUAUGGCGUGAUGCCUAUGCGAUCGUGCGAACGCUAUCGGGGUGGGAACUCCCGCCAUCGAUCGAGCCCCAUGAACCUGCGAAGCAAAGCAUCAAAUCCCUUCAAGCUGAGCUGCAUGAAUACGUGUCGAGACGUGUGAAUGAGCUGCGAAAGAAUAAUCUCAUACCCUUCGAGAGGGAUCACAAAAAGGACGAACGGACCGAUAAGUCGACAAGAGAGAAGGUGGCGGGUUUAUUCCACUGGAUCAAGUUGUCCCCGAGUGCUCCCCGGGUGAAUGGAGGAGCCGUCCAGCGUGGUAAUCGGUCCAAUGUCAUCCUGAGGCUGAAAUCUCAGCCCAAUGCGAAAGAACAACGCAGUAAUUCGCCGCCGCAUUCUUCCACGUCGCCGAAUUCGUUUUUAACGGACGGGCACUACGUCCUGAAUGAUGCGGUCUACUACCAAGCCCGAAGGCCCACCUUGUACUUUCGCCACUCCUUCACGCCCUCCUUUGGGGCCACGUUCUUCAAAAAAGAGCGUGAGGUUCGCGAUAAGGUGUGCGCCUCCUCGGAGUGUUUACUGUUUUGCGAGGAUGUCAUCCAAACCGCGCUUUUGCACGAGGGCCGGACCCCUGUUAUUUUGAUGAACCCAUUGGUCCAAGUCGCGUACGAGAAGUUCCACUUUGAUCGUCUGACCGGGACGUCGCUCUACACCUCACCGAAGCUGUUUUACUUCACCAUCAGGGUGGGGAACGCGCGGCGGGUCUUGGAAAGGGUGAUGGGGUGGCUUUUGCGGCCCAUCAAGGAUGCCGUACGGUGGGUGAAUGGCGGGAUUGCGAGGUUUCGAUCGGGGAGCUCGGGUGCCCAUCGGGAGCUGCGCAAUCCAAACGAGACGCCAACGAAGUCGUUCCUCGAUGAGGUGUACAAUACCAGCUCAAUGGUCUCCGCGGCCGAUGAUUUGCUAUACCAUAACUCGACCGAUGAAUUUGUAAAAAGCCCUUUCUCGGUUCGUAUUGGGCAUCGGGGGUUGGAUCAGUCCGGGGCGCGGCGAGUUGAGGUUGAUUUUCUGAACUCCACCAUUAUGACGUGUUCUGGCUACGUUGGCAAUGAAAUUGCGAUCUUGUUUAGUGCAUUGUAUCGGAUCGCGAUCUUGCUCGCGAUCGCCCUGCAGCUAGCCUAUCUUUAUAGAGAUCUAAACGCCGGGAUUCAGGCCAAGUUUGUCGCCUUUAUCGACGAACACAAUAGAGAGUCUAAAAAGUCCUACGACGCGGUCUUCGAGGAGGAGAUAGUCCCAUCAAGUCCGCUAACGCCGUACGUGGAAAGUCCAAGUCAUACCUUCGCCGUCGAGGUCGAGGAUGGCGAGGUGCGAAACCGAAAAUCGUCUUGGCGCUGGAUGCGGCUUACGCCCUCGCAGUCGAACCUUAAUGAAGGCCUCAAACUCCUCACCAGCCCUUCGCAAUCCGCGCUUUCGCCCGAGGAACGUCUUUGGGUGAAGUUCGGUAUGGGGCUUCGAACGCGAUCGCGGUGGUGGACCUUCUGCAGGACGCCGAUAACUUUACCAAGGGGGCCCUGGAUCGCACGAAAAAUCGCCCCCAUAUCCCGCAUUUUCGGAAGGCUAUCCUUGGGGAUCACGAUAAGCUGGAUAUCUCACCGAAAAUGCAUGUCGAAAUUAGGAUUGAAAAUUAGAGAGAUAUUUCGAAAUCGACGAACUCGCCUGUAA